CGCAAGUACACAGCAUAUUCUCUUUGUUUAGUAUAAUCUUAAGAGUGCAUCAUACACGCACACAACCACUCACACACAUCAUGAUUAAGACGAUUGUACUGGCUGCUAUGGCCGUUGCCGCCGUAGAAGGCACUGUUCUCUUCAAGGAGACGUUCGAUGACUCGUACACUGAGCGAUGGAUUGAGAGCACUGCCAAGGGUGCUGAUCAGGGUAAGUUCAUCCUAUCUGCGGGCAAGCACCACCAUGAUCCCGAGGCCGACAAGGGCGUCAAGACGAGCGAGGAUGGCAAGUUCUAUGGCAUUUCAUCGAAGAUUGACACACCCUUCUCCAACAAAGGAAAGGAUCUAGUUGUGCAGUUCCAGGCUAAGCACGAGCAAAACAUUGACUGUGGUGGUGGUUACAUCAAGCUGUAUCCCUCUGGUUUGGAACAGACGCAACUGGAUGGGGAGACCCCGUACAACAUCAUGUUUGGCCCUGACAUCUGUGGUUCUACCAAGCGUGUGCACGUGAUCUUCACCUACAACGGCGAGAAUCAUCUCAAGAAGGUCGAUGUACCCGCCAAGUCAGACGAGUUCGCUCACCUGUACACACUAGUGGUGCACCCCGACAACACUUACGAAGUGCUGAUUGACCACGAGUCGGCUGCCAAGGGAGACAUUGAAGAAGACUGGGACAUCCUGGAGCCCAAGGAGAUUGACGACAAGGACGCCGUCAAGCCUGAAGACUGGGACGAGCGUGUCAAGAUCCCCGACGAGAGCGAUGUCAAACCCGCCAACUACGAUGACAUCACCGAGUUCAUUGUUGACGAGACCGCCGAGAAGCCCGAGGAUUGGGACGAGGACGAGGAUGGUGAGUGGGAGGCUCCCAUGAUUGACAACCCCGAGUUCCGUGGACCCUGGGUGCAGAAGACUAUCGACAACCCCGACUACAAGGGCAAGUGGGUAAGACCUAAAGUGGCCAACCCCGACUACAAGAAGGAUGAGAACCUACACGCUUUCGAAGAUAACGCGUUCAUUGGGUUUGAUCUGUGGCAGGUGAAGAGUGGUACUAUCUUCGAUAACAUUAUUGUUACGGAUGACCUGGCCGAAGCUGAGGAGUUCGCAAAGGAGACCUUUGAUCUACUAAGGGUAGGAGAGAAGAAGAUGAUUGACGAGGCUAUGGCAGAGCUGAAGGCUAAGAAUGAGGCCAGCGGAGACGCUGAGGGAGCCGAAGAUGAAGAGGUCAUUGAAGCUGAUGUAGAUGUAGAUGAGGAGGAGGAACUAUAAGUAGUACUUUAUCCCAUUUCUAUAACUUAGCAAGCGAAAUGUUGUAAUGCGAAUGACAAGCAUUGGUACCAUCUCAUGUUCAUGUGAAUUUUGCUAGAGGUAGAUACAACCUUCAGUAUUAAAAAAGUCUUCAUUAUAUA